AAAAAAUCAAUAAAAUUAUUAAAUUUGUCACAAUUAUACGUACAAUUUAAUUUUUUUAAAGAGUUAACUCUAUAAGUUGUCAUUCUGUAACGUCCUCUGCAAUCGACAACAUGGCAUCUCUCACAAGUACAAGGAUGUUUAAGAAGACAGUAGAGCUAAUUUCCAGGCGAGGAUUUGCUACAACCCGAGCAACAACUGCACAGCAGAUGACGGUGAGAGAUGCCCUCAAUUCUGCUCUGGAUGAAGAGAUGGAACGAGACGAACGAGUGUUCAUCCUUGGAGAGGAAGUGGCUAUGUAUGAUGGAGCCUACAAGGUUUCUCGUGGGUUGUGGAAGAAAUAUGGCGACAAGCGUGUUAUUGAUACUCCCAUCACUGAAAUUGGCUUUGCGGGCAUUGCUGUUGGAGCUGCUAUGGCUGGACUCAGGCCAAUUUGUGAGUUUAUGACAUUCAACUUCUCGAUGCAAGCUAUAGACCAAGUCAUCAACUCAGCUGCUAAGACAUUUUAUAUGUCUGCUGGCUCCGUAAAUGUCCCCAUUGUUUUUCGAGGUCCUAACGGGGCAGCAGCAGGAGUGGCUGCUCAACAUUCCCAGUGUUUUGGAGCAUGGUAUAGUCAUUGCCCUGGCCUGAAGGUAAUUUCACCAUACAACUCUGAGGACUGCAAGGGGCUACUGAAAGCUGCCAUCAGGGACCCUGACCCUGUGGUGUUCCUUGAAAAUGAGAUUCUGUAUGGCGCUCAAUAUCCUAUGUCUGAUGAAGCUCUUUCAAAAGACUUUGUGCUUCCCAUUGGAAAAGCCAAAAUAGAACGACCAGGGAAGCACAUAACAUUAGUAGCUCACUCUAAAGCUGUGGAGACCAGUUUGGAUGCAGCCAAGGAGUUAGCGGGCCAGGGCAUCGAAGCUGAAGUGAUCAACCUGAGAUCUCUGCGACCUCUAGACAUCGAAACUAUUGGCAAAUCGGUCAUGAAAACUAACCAUCUGAUCACAGUAGAGCAGGGCUGGCCUCAGUGUGGCAUGGGUUCCGAGAUCUGUGCUAGGAUUAUGGAGAGUGAAGUUUUCUACCACCUGGACUCACCUGUUAUUCGAGUGACGGGAGUGGACAUUCCCAUGCCCUACACGAAGAGUCUGGAGAUUGCCGCCCUGCCCCAGCCAUCCGAUAUUGUAACUGCUACGAAGAAGGUGCUCGGAGUGAAAUGAUAGAUGAAACUGAAUCAGUAGGUUAAUAUUUCUGGAAGGUCUGAAUAGUGAAAAAAAAUUGUAGUCACUCAAAAUUACAACAAGUUAUAACGCCUAACUUGCCCUUUCCUAAAGAUCAAAUUGGCUAAUUGAUAGCCAGAAUACUUACUUUAAUUUUGUUAAUCGCCUUAUUUUCGAAAGGACACGUUAGUAGUGCUGAUGUACUAAUUUUGUUUGUUUUUUUAUUGUUUAUUUAACAUUGAAACAAAAAACCUUAAAAAUAUUGUAUGGCCAUACCAACAACUUCACGUCGAAAAACUUCUAAAUCAUAAUAAGCUUACAUAAUCAUCACUAAGGUGUACAUUUUUAUAAAGAGCUUUGUAUUAAAUACCUUCAAAAGAAAUAAUUUAGUAAACAUAUGUUCCUUAUUGUUCUCCAAAAUGUCUCAAAUUGAAUUGAAAAAUAAUUUAAAUUUAAAUACAAAGCAAAAUUUUAUGCAAUUAGUAUUUAAGUGAAUCAGGUAGUAUCUACUAUUGCUUUUGAAAGGUUAAAAAUGUAGUCUGUAGGUUGCCGAGCGGAACACUGCCAUUUGAUUUGUGACAUUGGUAACUUAAUACGAAGCUUUAUCAUUCUUAUAUUUUUAUUUAUAGCAAUAUAAUAUGCAUUAUGUAAAAUGUAUUUUAAUUUUUAAGAAAACUGUUGUUGUGUAGGGUGAAGAUAGUAUUUGUGAAUACAUUCUAUCUAUUGCCAUUGUUACCAAAAUAUUCAACAUAAUACUCAACUUUAAGAAUUAUUAUAUUUUAUGCUAUGAAGAGAAUUGUACAAAAUUAUGUGGAUUACAGUACAAACAUAUUAAUAAUUUUGUGUUCUAAACACAUUUAUUAAAAGGUUGUUACUAUUCUUUAUUGUUAGGUAUCUGUUUAUAACAGUGUCUAUAAAAUUGUAUAUAGGUGUUUGCUUUUAUUUUUUUUAUCCUAUGAAAUAUGAAUAAUAUUUUGUCUCCAAACUGUUCAUAAUUAUUUUUUGUUUGAUAUUCCCUGUAGAAAAAUUACUUUCAACUAUCUCUUUUAUUAUGUUUGGAUGGAUAUAAUCCAUUUUUGCUUUUCUUUUAUUGUGAUAAUUUCCUUAUACAAGUUGAUCAUUUAUUUAUUUAUGUACUGUAUUCUAAUUUAUUUAAAUUAAGUUAAUUAAUUAUCAGUUAAUAUAUGUUUUGUUCAUUGUUUAUCAAUAUUUAUAUCCAUUCACCAUUUCUCCGGGGACUAGUUUUCUUCAAUAAUUGGUGAAUUUUAAGUUUGAUUUUUAGCAAUACUUUUGACCUCUGGUUAUUUACCUAGUUUUGGAUGUUGUCAUCAAUUGCUAUAGUUUAGUGGUGACUCCUUAUUUUACCCCUGAGCUGGUUAUUCAGAGGGGGUGGAAUUGGCCAUGUCAUGUCAGUGACAUGGUUUGUGAUUCAUUCCUAGCUUGUAUUGAAGAGAAGCAUUUAAAAUCAUUCACUCUUACCACUAACCUGAACAUUCAGUCAUGUGUGUGGGUCGUACUAAUGUAUAGUUUAGUGUACUACUUUUAAAUGUGUAAAUUGAUGCAUUCUUGAACUGGUAUCACAGAAUGAGUUGACAAAACAAAUAAUUUUGAUCAGAUUAAUUACAAAUUAUAAUUGGGAUCACAUUUUUGGCUCACACACACACACAAAGAACAUUUGAGCGUUUGUUUCUCCCUUGUGUCGUUAAUUUGUGCAAGUCCCCAAAAGAGAGAUGAAGUACUUAUUACUAUCGCUUUAUUCACCAUUUUUAAGAUUUAGUCAUGUCUGAUGAUCACUCAUCCAUGUUCAGUUGAAUAUCUAGAGGUCCACUGUAUUGAAUCUUUCUGUCUAAUCCGUGUUGUCUGUAUUAUACAUUUUGGAUUGCCAAUUAUUUGGCAACAUAAUAUAUUAAAUUUUUCAACUUUGUUCAAUAGCUUAUGUGGUAAAUUGUAACCAUUAUUAUUCAAAGUCAUUACGUUUCAAUCGUAGUCACUUAAGUGUAAUAAACUUGAAAGUUCCAGCUUUGGACCCUAAAAGUUAGUACUAUUUCUUGGAUAAGCUAAACAAUAUAUUUGGAAGUGGUAGAUCCGGACAGAUUAUUAAGUUUUGAUCUAUUAAUGGGAUAUUAUUAGUGUAGCUUACUCUAUAAAGUAUUGUUAAAAUUUAUUGUAAAAUUUGUAGCUAUGCGCAACCCAAGAGUGUACAGUUUCAAUCAAUCUUAUAUUAUUAUAAAACAUGUUAAAAUAUUAUGACAAGGUCAAGAAUCUCAUUUACACUUGGACUUGUGUACCUAUGUGACUUAGACCACAGUCUGACAGAUUUAAGAAUGUAGUCUGAAUGCAGUAAAGCAAGUUUUAAUUUGAAUAAAUUGCUUUAAAACUCAUAUACUUUAACAUUUUUUAAACAAGAGCUGUAUUCUUAUCAGCAUACAUUAAAAACAUAAUUUACCAUUCCAAGUAUUGAAACACAGUGUAACAUAGGAUGAAACCAGACAGUCAAACCGGAAUAUUCUAUUAGCCUAUGUAUCCUUGCUCAUUUAUUAAAUUAACAUGUUCUAUAAACAUGGAUUCAAACUUUUGCUUUGGAUAUUUAAAAUUAAGUAGUUAAUUAUGUGUAUUGUUCUGUUAUCGUGCAUUUUCAUUUAAGUGUCAGUCUGUUCUACUCGACCUUCCUCCAAUCGUACGUUAUCUUCUGUAUAUUUGUGUACAUUUCUACAGGGUUCUUGUUGAUUUUGCAAAUUAAAUUUGUAUAUAAAGCAUUGUUGUUGAAAA